AUGGUCCAAAGCGCUACAAGAACCAGCUCCGGGAGUUCCAGUCGUGAAUAUGGCAUCACAUUCGAAUGUGCGCCUCCCUCUGCCGUUCGUCCCGGCGUUCCCUUGACCCUACCGGUGAUCGUUGCGGUUCAACCUGUCGGUGCCCCCAGAGACAGUUCUGUGCAGCAGCUGGUUGUGAAUGUGUCGCUACGGAAUGAGUCGGGAACCGCAGCUUGUCCCGGACUAACCGGCACAUUGACGUCGAGUGUACGCAGCCGUCAUGGAAACACUACAGCUGGGUUUGGAAGAUUUAGCCGACUUACCAUCGCACAGCCAGGACGAUAUCGACUGCGAGUAAUGUUGGGCGCUGCUUCAGCCAGUGGAGUAACGACGCGAGAUUAUAUUGAUUCGUGCGUCAUUGAGGUUCAUGCUGGUGCUCCGCCAGUUCAGCGGCCAACCCCAUCACAGAUCACAAAACUCCAAAGCCUGAUCCCAGAGAACAUCGACCUGUCGGCAGGUGAGAUUGCAGCCUGGCAGCAAGCUUAG